AUGAACCAAAACGUCAACUGGCUCAUCCAUGAAUUCUUGCCAAUGUUUAAUAGAGUUGUUCAGGAACAUCUCGAGAGAAUAGGAGAAAUACUUGAACGGGAACGGAUGGAAGAUAGAGAAGGAGGAAGCGAUGACUCAGAUUAUUAUUCGGACGAUGACGAUGAGUUUAGGCCACUCCCUCCAUUCCGUCAGAAUCGCCCACCGACCGAACUGGAACAGUUGAUCAUCGAUCUCCAAGCAAUCCACGAUGAGUUGGAGACCAUCGCUGGGGACAUGCCACGUUUGGAGAACUUCAGGCUGGUGGUUGAAGGAGUGCAGAGGUUUGGAGCUGAUUAUGUGCCGGACGGAGUUGGGGGAUGA